ACUCACUGCUGCCCUUGAGCGACGAAGGAAAUGAAGUGAGAGGGUCGUGCAUUGUAUGCCUAUAAAGAUUGCAUGGAUGUCGGGCUGCAUUCGAUGGCGUGCCGAGUGAAACAAAGCGGGCGUUAUCAUGUGCAGCAAACCUUCAAAAGCAAAGCAGCAUCUAUUGUCAAAGGCGCCAUUGCGCUCGUGGAUGCCCACCCCCUCACCGCUGGCAUCCAUUACGACUGCGAUCCCAGCCGAAGCAAUAUCUCUCUUCUCGCCGACAUUAGUGACAGUUGCAUCCACGAUGUGUGAGCAACACGCACACCCGCGAUCCAGUUGGGAAAGCGAAACCGAGUUGCGAUCCAAAGGAACUCUCGAACAGCCAUCUUCUUGUCCCGCUCCACCGCGGCGAAGCACUUUGCUCAACAUGAUCAAUACCGGCACAGAGGCGAGCGUGAGCGCUGGACAAUCUGGACAAAUGGCGGCGGCACCAGCAGUGUCGUGCCACCACUACGAGCCGAGCCAUCCCCAUUGCGCCCGCCUCCCCGCGGCUCAGCAGCACCUACGUGAUGUCUUGCGCCAGGACAGCUUUACCACGACGGCCUCGCUACACGGAUGGCCGCUUACGACGACCAUCAUGUCCCGCGUGAAAGUGGGCUCGCUCGGCCAACAUCAAUCAGCGCAGACGGCAUGGAUGCUUCCACCGCCGACGCUUCUGCCGCUACCGCUGCCCACAUUCACGCUCACCGAGCCGAGCGAAGACUCGGCGGAAGCAUCCACCACGCACGAGCUCUCCCUGGCGGAGCUGGCCUACAUGCCUAGUCUCCCUGUGCGCUCUGUGGUUCCAGGGUGGGCGAAAAUGGCUGUAGCAGCGGAUGAACCCUUGUCCUCCGCCAACUCGUCUCGGGCUGAGCCAGCAGCGCAUGGCAACGGCAACAGCAAUGCAGCAUCGCCGCUGGUGUUCAAGAUGCCGGUCGGGCACUUCGCGCUGGACAAGCGCCGGCUGUGCCCGCCGCCUUGCGACGCCCGCGGGCGCGCAAACUGCCAUGGUCGCUGGUGGUCGCGCAGGAACAUGGGCUACGACUUUGUGCGCCCCGCUUUGCGCCGGGCGAACAGCUGCCCCGGCGGCGUCGCAGCUGCGGUGGACACGACCGGGGAAGUGGUGCCUCCAUCCGCAGCUGGCGCGGAAAUAGCGGUGCUGGGCGGAGAGCACAUCGUCCGUCCCAAAGUCCAGCGCCUUCAACCCGUCCACCUGCGCCGGACGGCAUCGAGCUGCGACCCCUUCCUUGUGGACGACGCGCUCCCCGACCUCAAUGCAGCGGCAGCGGCAGCCGAGGCCAGAGCCGGGGUUGACGAUCUCGAGGUCAAUUUCGAUCUCAGCACACUCCCCACCGAGACGGUAUGCGUCCAAAAGCGCCGCCCUGCACCGCAUUCCGGCCUCGAUCGGAUAUUGCAAUCGACCGCAGCACUUGAGCGCGUACCCAAUCGCCGUGCUAGUUCGGCUAUCAGCGUUUCCGGUGGCAACCUCGGCCCCAAGCGCAUGCCUUCGAUCCUGCUGAAGAAUGGCAGCGGCAAUAGCUGCGGCGGGAACUCUACAUCUUUUGCGCGAGAGAAUGCCGGUGUACCGCGCUCAUUUGCCGGACGCCAUCUGCAAUUUCCGCCACCGACGUCGCCGCUCGAGGCGCUCAAGAAGACGUUGCUGGAGCAGCAGCAACUGCAAGGCCCGCGCGGCCGAGCGACCUCGCCGCCGCCGCUACCCAUCGGCGACUUUAACUGCCGCCGAGGCGCACUGAGUGGCGAACCAUGGUCGAGUCGACGGGCGCACCUGCGCGGGCAUCCGCAGCUGAUGGACGCGAGCGACUCCGAGGAGGACAACGAUGACGUGGUCAUGCGCUCUGAUGACGAAGACAACGAUGACGAGAACGGUCUGUCCAGCUCGUCGUCCGUAUCUGGCUCGGAGGACGAAGACGAUGCGAACGACCACGACGAGGUGAUGUACAACGCAGAUGCCGCAGAAUUUAACGUCACGAUUGUCGAUAAGUCGCAUCCUGUACCGUGCUCACUCGUGUUCGAGGAGUUUCCAAUUAAGGAGGAGGCGCUGAUCAUCCGACACGACACCGAAUACACCUCUGUGCCAUUGUCACUUCACCUCCCCGUUCGCAACUCGUCGCGACUGCAGCGCAGUGAUGUUGGCAAGCGAAUCAGCCAAAGAGGCGCUUCCGUCGGGUCGCGUGCCGCCUGAACCAUCUCGUAACGUUCGCCCCGACGCCAACUUCACCUUCGCAAGCACCAGCAACACAUUACACUGCAUCCCUUUUUGCAAAUAUCUUCAAGAAUGUAGCAGCAAUCUAUAUCGUAGUAAGGAGGACCGACUGUAGCAUAGAGAAAUUUUC